AUCGAACCCUCAACCCUUUUGCUGUACAGGACAACGCUGCAACCAACUGAGCCACCUGGCCAGGGCCCACACUAAGUUUUUGUGGUUCUUCUCUCAGACUUCUUACUUGGCCAGUCACGAGCUGUGUCUGCUGCUGGAGAUUGUAUUGAUUACCUUGCCCAACACAUCACUGCCUUUACUCCAUCUUUUUAAUCUUCUAAUCUGUUCAGUGCUGCCAUGAUAAUAAUAGCUUCUGUUUAUGGAAGUGCUUUACUUGCAUUAAAGAUCUCAUUUAUUUCUCAAAAUAAAUGCUUGAGGUAGACAUAUUCUCCCAUCUGCCACUUGGACCUCUUUCAUGUGCUGUUAGUCAUCUUUGAAAGCUAAUUAUGGGGAGGGGGAGAGAAAAGAAAGCUAAUUAUGGUAAUACCUGUUGUAGAGCUUUGCUCUGAAGGUCAUAUGAGAGUAUUAUUUGCAGUUGUUAUGUUCUAUAAAGUUGCUGCAAACAUCAAGUUUGUGAAUACUGAACCAUUGCUCCUAGAGGAAAUAAAGGUAUACCUCAUUUUAUUGCACUUUGCAGAUACUGUGUUUUUUACAAAUGAAGGUUUAUGGCAACCCUGUGUCAAGUAAAUCUAUUGGCUCCAUUUUUCUACCAGUUCAGAUUAUGGUUAGCAAUUUUUUGAGCAACAAAAUGUUUUUUAAUUAAGAUAUCUACAUUUUUUUAGACAUAAUGCCAUUCUAUACUAAACAGACUAUAGUGUAAACAUAACUUUCUUAUGCACUGGGAAACCAAAAAAUUUGUGUGACUUGCCUUAUUGCGAUGUUUACUUUUUGUGGUCUGGAACUGAACCUGCAAUAUCUCCGAGGUAUGUCUGUGUAGGUUUAGGUUCUUGCACAUCUCUGGGCACACAUUUUCAUUAACAGAUCAAUACAUGAUCUUGUUUUAUGUGUGCUUCUGUUUAAAAACAUAUAAUUUAAUAUAUUCUGUUGAUUUAUUAACAUUGAACUCACAGCCAACAGGACUAUAAUUUCAUGUCUGAACAUAACUUGUCUGUCACAUGUAUUUUCUCCAUAAGGCACAUCACAGCCUUCUUGUGUGUAGGACACUAGACAGCACUUCUCUCUGCUUGGGGCCAUUUAAAACAGUGAGAUUACCAACAAAAAUUCAAAAAUGUGGCAUUAAAUAUACCACCAUAUAUACACUUGUUUACAGUAAUAGAGCUGAAACAAGAAGAGUGUUGCCUCGUUUGACCUCAGCCGGGAACGUGUGUACAUCGGAAGUGCUCAGUACGGUGGACUUUGUCGCCCCCGAUGACCGAGUAGUCUUCCGCACCUGCAAAAGAGAACAGAACAGGGUCGUCUUCCAGAUGGGGACUUCAGAUGCAGAGCGAGCCCUUGCUGUGGCCAGACUUGUAGAAAACGAUGUGGCUGGUAUUGACGUCAACAUGGGCUGUCCAAAAGAGUAUUCCACCAAGGGAGGAAUGGGAGCUGCUCUGCUAUCAGAUCCUGACAAGAUCGAGAAGAUCCUCAGCACUCUUGUUAAAGGGACACGCAGACCUGUGACCUGCAAGAUUCGCAUCCUACCAUCGCUGGAAGAUACCCUGAGCCUUGUGAAGCGGAUAGAGAGGACCGGCAUUGCCGCCAUUGCAGUUCAUGGGAGGAAGCGGGAGGAGCGACCUCAACACCCUGUCAGCUGUGAAACCAUCAAAGCCAUUGCUGAAACCAUCUCCAUUCCUGUCAUAGCCAAUGGAGGAUCUCACGACCACAUCCAAGAUUAUUUGGACAUCGAGGACUUUCGACAAACUACAGCAGCCUCUUCAGUGAUGGUGGCCAGGGCUGCCAUGUGGAACCCAUCCAUCUUCCUCAAGGAGGGUCUGCGGCCCCUGGAGGAGGUUAUGCAGAAGUACAUCCGAUACGCUGUGCAGUAUGACAAUCACUACACCAACACCAAGUACUGCUUGUGCCAGAUGCUACGAGAACAGCUGGAGUCGCCCCAGGGAAAGUUGCUCCAUGCCGCCCAGUCUUCCCGGGAAAUUUGUGAGGCCUUUGGCCUUGGUGCCUUCUAUGAAGAGACCACACGAGAACUGGACUCCCGGCGGGCAGAGCUCUUGGCCAGGACCCCAGAGGAGGCAGGGGAGCUGGCUGAAGACACCUCUGGUAUCAUUAAGAUGGCUGUCAAGUUUGACCGGAGAGCAUACUCACCCCAGAUCACCCCCAAGAUGUACCUGCUGGAAUGGUGCCGGAGGGAGAAGUUGGCACAACCCACAUAUGAAACGGUUCAACGCCCCCUGGAUCGCCUCUUCUGCUCUGUUGUCACUGUUGCUGAGCAGAAGUACCAGUCCACCUUGUGGGACAAGUCCAAGAAACUGGCGGAGCAGGCUGCAGCCAUCGUCUGUCUGCGGAGCCAGGGCCUCCCUGAGGGUCGGCUGGGUGAGGAGAGCCCUUCUUUGCACAAGCGUAAGAGGGAGGCACCCGACCAAGACCCUGGGGGCCCCAGAGCUCAGGAGCCAGCAAUACCUGGGGAGCUGUGCAAGAAGCCCUUUGUAACCUUGGGAGGUGGUAAAGAGAGUCCCCUGGAAGGCUGGUGACCACUGUCUCUACUCUGGUCACCCUGCCCCCAUCAUGGGCCUGGCCCCAAGAUGAUUAUGGGUACAGAGCAUGAACCAGAUGCUAUUGGACAAUUUGCUGUUCCUGCCUGACAGAUGUUAAGAGGCUCUCGUCUGGGUCAUAAGCCUGGAGCAUGGGCCAAGGGGUGCCCAGAGUUCCCAUCUCUCUUGGUAGGUCUGAAUAGCAGGACCAAGUUCCUAGUGACCUCAGUAUUUUCUUUGAAAACAGUGGCAUUUUCAGGUGGCACCUCCCUAACCUGAUAUUGGUAUAGUGCAAUAAAGAUACCCUCUACCCUUACCCACGGCUGGCUGCUUCAGCCUUGGGCAUCUUCAUACAUGGA